GCACAGCUUUGACGCCCGACCGAUUUCCGAGGCUGGGAUGGCAGCUGUCUUUUCAUGAGCUAUGCUGUUCUAGGAAGGGGUGCAUAGUGGUUAAAGAUGAUUCUUCUUGACCGCACAUUCCCUCUUUUCCUUCCCCGUCUCUGCACCUUGACAGAUUUUUUUACCAGUCACUCAAACUGCACCAAACCACCCAAACCACCCAAACCAGUCACUUCAGCACUAUACGACCAUCUGGACUAGAGACAGCACUCAAGAAACAUCACACUACCGGCACACUCUGACAGGAUGGCGCCCGUUCAGACACAAACCAUGACAUCCCACCAGUUCGACAACCCAGUCACAGUCAUCCGAGCCUCCGGACGGAUAUCCAAACCACCAGCGCGCUCCACGCGCACACAAAACAAGGCGCUCCUGUCACAUUCGCCACAGAUUCCCACGGCACACCCAGACAUUAACAUCACACUACUCCGCAACAAGCUGCUCCUGCAAUGCCGGAGAUACCUACCCUCAGACCUCCUUCAUGAAGCACUGGCAGACGGCAUCUACUCCCGCGCCACGCACUGGAUCACGCCGUGCUCUAGCGCAGCAUCCAAAUUUGGCAAGCGGAAGAGAUACUAUGUGCUUGACUCGUCGACGUUCACGUUCCAGUCUCUUGGCAGCGCAUGGGAAGCGCGGAUCCUGUCGGGUGGCAGCCAGCCCAUUGACGCAGGCAACGGGGUUAUCAUCUUUGUCAAGGAGAGAAAGGAGUGGGACGCCUUUAUGGCGGGGUACAGAAGGCAAGGCAAGCGAGCGGGGCAAUUGAUGAAGCACAAGCAAAAGGACACAGAGAGAGGGUGGCGAGACGCGUGGAAGCGAAAGUGCGGUAUGGAAGAGGGUGGGGGGAAGGAAGUGAAUGCCGGGCCCAUGUGGGUGCUGGUCAAGAGCGCUGUUGCGAAGAUUGUCAAGGGCGAGGCCUGAGACAAGCAACGGGAGCGGGAGGAGGAGUUGAACCUCAAGUGCGGCGGCUUAGGGCAGAAUGAGGCGGAGAGGACGAGUUGCGUGGGCGGGGUGAGGAGGGAGAGCGGUUAGCAUCAUCAGCAGGUCAGAAGCAAAGGGCUAGGCCUCGGCGUUUUUCUCUUUGCAUCAUUCUUAGCGAGCAUUUUUAGACACGACCAUUUACGAUGGCUGGGGGCGGUAAGCGCGUUCCUCAGCGCAACACCAGUAGAGUACAUACAUACAUACAGACAUACAGACAUACAUGUAUCCUUAAUGGAAAACACGCACAGAACAAGAAUCGCAGCACGGCUUCGUCCGCAUUAUUUCACCCUCCC